AUGGUCAUGGAGGACCGGAAUUUCCAUCUAAUGUCGCGUGGUCGUCACACGGACGAUAUCCUGAACAUAAAUGUCGGCGGAAAGAAGUACACAGUUCGACGUACAGAUAUGCUAGCCGACCCGCGCUCAAAACUUGCGGAAUGGUUCAAACCAGGCACGGUCAAACCGAUAGCCACAGACAAGGGAGGCAACUAUUAUUUGGAUAGAGAUGCAAAGACCUUCCGACACAUUUUGGCUUAUCUUCGUUUGAAAAAGGAGAAGUUCGUGCCAUCACUUGCUUUGCCGAGUAAACCAGAUGAUUUAGCGAAAUUGGUUGGUGAAUGUGAAGCAUUGAAUUUGGCCGAACUGAAGGAUCUUGCCUUGGAUCUACUCCAAAAAUACCAACGUACCGAAGAGCAGCAUUAUGUUACUUCAUUUGUACAAGUCACACUGCGUGAUUUCGAGAGUUGGCAGUUCGAGAGGGAGCAGAAUCAAAUCGCUUUGACGAAAAAGCCAUCAAACGACGAAGAGUAUCAACCACCCUCAGCCUACGACGAAUGGGAUAAUCUCUAG